CGGCCCCGGUGCUGCCCUGCCUGCGGGGCCCUUCCCCUCCGUCCUGCGUGAGAUUUGCGGAUUUCAAGGGAAAAAAAAAAAACAAAACCAACAAACCAAAACAACAACAAAAAAACCCACCGAACGCCGGGAAAGUCGGCCCGGAAAGGAAUUGCAAAAUCCCCGGGCCGGGAUCACGGGAGGCUGGGCUGGGUUUGGAGUCGGUUCCCGGCGCUUUCCCGGCGCCCACCGACUGGCAGCCGCUGGCGGGAGGAAAUCGGGGUGCUUUAUCCACAGGGACCCCGACAAAAGUCGCUUUGGAUUUAUUUCCUCGCUGGCAGCCGGAUCUUUUCCUCCUGGAAAGUGAAACCGCGGGAUCAGCGUCCCAGCGAGAUAAAACCUGCGUGGACAUGGCAGAGCCCGGCUCUUGGUCUGGCCGGGGUUUACAUCCCGUAGGAGCGAGGGAAAUGCCGCUCGCUUGACCGGGGAAUGUUGUUUUUAACCGGGGCGCUGGGAUCGGGGGGGUCACUUGGACAUACGGACCUUGGCGUCACCUCGUAGGGGAUUUCUUCUCCACCUUUUUUCAUUUCCCUGAGAAACUGGCCAAGCCUUUUCCCACAGUGCGGGGCGGCCCUGGUGCCGAGCGAGCUUGCGGUAUCGCCGGGGGGGUUUUUUUUGGCUGCGGGGAUUGCGUUACGCCGUGUCCCCUCCUCCCGGGACCGGCCAUGGCGUUGAAAGCCAGAGCGCUUUACAACUUCCAGAGCGAAAACAAAGAGGAAAUCAGCAUCCAGGAGAACGAGGAGCUCGUCAUCUUCAGCGAGAACUCCCUGGACGGGUGGUUACAGGGCCAAAACAGCCGCGGGGAGACCGGCCUCUUCCCUGCCUCCUACGUCGAAAUCCUCCGCUCCCGGUCGGGCUCCAACUACACAGACUACUCCGGCAGCCCGGCCGGCUCCCCUGGGCACGACUCCUCUUUCUACACGGCCCCCCCAACCCCGGUCUCCUACCAGGGCAGUUUUGAGGACGACGAUGAUGAUGAUUGGGACGACUGGGACGAUGCUUGCACGGUGGUGGAGGAGCCCCGGAGCGCGCCGGGCACCAACGGGCACCCUUCGCCCAGCCUGCAGUACCCAGCGGCGUACGGCCACCACCAGCACGCCGGUUACCGGCCCAAGCCGGCGCUGGAGAGGCAGGACAGCAUGAGCUCCUCCAAGAGGGGCAGCGUGGUGGGGAGGAACCUCAACCGCUUCUCCUGCUUUGUCCGCUCGGGGGUGGAAGCCUUCAUCCUGGGCGACGUGCCCCUGAUGUCCAAGAUCGCCGAGGCGUACUGCAUCGAGAUGGGCUCCAAAGGUCCCCAGUGGAGGGCGAACCCCCACCCCUUCAUCUGCUCUGUGGAGGACCCGACCAAGCAAACCAAGUUCAAGGGCAUCAAGAGCUACAUCUCCUACAAGCUGACCCCCAGCAACAUCAACUCGCCCGUCUACCGGCGGUACAAGCACUUUGACUGGCUCUACAACCGCCUCCUGCACAAGUUCACGGUCAUCUCGGUGCCCCACCUGCCCGAGAAGCAGGCCACCGGGCGCUUUGAGGAGGACUUCAUCGAGAAGCGCAAGCGGCGGCUGAUCCUCUGGAUGGACCAUAUGACCAGCCACCCCGUCCUCUCCCAGUACGAGGGCUUCCAGCACUUCCUCUGCUGCCGCGACGAGAAGCAGUGGAAGCUGGGCAAACGCCGGGCGGAGAAGGACGAGAUGGUGGGCGCCAGCUUCCUCCUCACUAUCCAGAUCCCCACGGAGCACCAGGACCUGCAGGACGUGGAGGACCGCGUGGACGCCUUCAAGGCCUUCAGCAAGAAGAUGGACGACAGCGUCCUGCAGCUCACCAACGUGGCCUCGGAGCUGGUGCGCAAGCACGUGGGGGGCUUCCGGAAGGAGUUCCAGAAGCUGGGCAAUGCCUUCCAAGCCAUCAGCCACUCCUUCCACAUGGACCCCCCCUACAGCUCAGAUGCCCUCAACAACGCCAUCUCCCACACGGGCAAGACAUACGAGACCGUGGGGGAGAUGUUCGCCGAGCAGCCCAAGAACGACCUGUUCCUCAUGCUGGACACUCUCUCUUUGUACCAAGGGCUCCUCUCCAACUUCCCAGACAUCAUCCACCUCCAGAAAGCCGCCUUCGCGAAGGUGAAGGAGAGCCAGCGGAUGAGCGACGAGGGCAGGAUGGACCAGGAGGAGGCGGACGGGAUCCGCAAGCGCUGCCGCGUGGUGGGCUUCGCCCUGCAAGCCGAGAUGAACCACUUCCACGAGCGGCGCGUGGCCGACUUCAAGAGGAUGAUGCAGUCUUACUUAAAGCAGCAGAUCGUCUUCUACCAGCGCGUCAGCCAGCAGCUGGAGAAGACGUUACGCAUGUACGACAACCUCUAACGCCUCCGCUUGCUGCCCCACCGAAAUCACGCACUUCUCUAUCCGCAGCCUUGCAGACCUCCUCUGUUUGUGACGGGCUGAGAACGAACGGGAACUCAUGACGCUAGUGACCAAAUACCUUUGGGCUUUCUUCCCCCUUCCCGGGCAGGCAGGCUGCGGUCUCAUGGGGAAGGGCUCGCCCGCGGGCUGGCCGUGCCACCUCUUUCCCUGGGGACCUCCCACCCUGCCGCGGGUCUGGCGGGGGCGCGGGGGGGGUCACAAGAGAGACGGACGUGGAGGUGACGGUGCUGGUAUCUCUGCCCAGUGAUUUUUAGCUUUCUGAAAACCCAUCCUCCUGGAGCAGAGAGGUGGCUGCAUCCGAGCCCGCUGGGAGAAGAAAUCAAAGCGGUCGACAUUUUGCACACUAAAGGCUUUUUUGAUGGAAAAAAGAGAAGAAAAAGAUCUUUAUUUGGAAGAGAAUGAUUUUUUUUUUUUUGUCACGAGAUAUUUUCAAUAUUUUCCAUUUUUUGCAAAUGUUUCUGCAGCAUUUUUACCAAUCAGUUUUUAAAUAGAUGCACAGAGGCGAAGGGAAAUCUCUUUCUCAAGCAUGGCUGUUGACUGGGAAAAGGGAGGAUAAAAAAAAAAAACAAAGCCCCACAGCCUUUUCAAUAAAAU